AUGCUAAUUCAACAUACAAUCCUCCUGCUCACCACUGCAUUCACCUUGGUCAGUGCUGAGACUGUGACAUAUAAAGACUGUGGAAAAAUCGUUGAAACCAUCUGUUCACAUCCUGAUCAAUGUUCGCUUCAACAGCGGAAAAAAGCAUUCUCACACAUAUUAUUAACUUCUUACAGGCUCCAAACUCACAGUCGGUUCAGUCAGCGUGCAACCGUGCAAACAGACACCGUGUGUUCUGAAGAGAGGGAGCUCCUCUACGAUACGCAUCGUGUUCCGAGCAAACGAGACUGCUGGACUUCCUGGAGACGCUGCAGUCCAACUUGUCAAGUGGGGAAUACCUUUCCCUGUCGGACUGGAAAAUCCGCAGAUUUGUGGAGACGUCAAACCGAGUUGUCCACUUCAAACAGGGUGAUCAUACACAUACAACAAAGAGCUAUUCCUCUCUUCCUGGUUUCCGCC